GCGAGCUCCGAUGCUCAGAGAGGCAGGAAACGGGGCCAGCCAGGGGGACUCGAGAGCGGCUGCACUUUCCUGUCCCCCCGCCGAGGAGAGCGGAGGAGCAGCGGCCAGUGGCCUGGCGAGUUUCCCCGGAGAGGAGCCGGAUUCUGGUGCAGGGACGGAGCGAGGAGUCAGAGCAGGGUAGUGUAAAAAUGGAAGAGCAGGGACCGAGGAGACCCAUUUGAAGGGAGAGCCUGGAAUCCAAAGGAAAAAGAUCUCCUGCAGGCUAAGUUGAGACCUUCAGGGAUCUUCUGCCUCAGGAAGAUUUACGUCAGAUUAAGCAGGAGCCAGAGGAGGAGGAGCUGCAGCAGCACUGGGAUGCCCAGUGGCAGGAUUGCCUGAAGACGAUGCACCCCCCUCGUUCAAGCUGGGAAACCCCACAAGCUCCCAGUCCUCCCCACUCUGGGGAUGGUGUCCUCCUGGCCUCAUUCAGGGGAGCUGCGGAUACCAGCCAGUGGCCCAGUGGGAGAGCAGGGGGGACAGACCAGACCCUGCUCCCAGACACUGAGGGGCUUCUAGGAAAGGAAUUGUUACCUGUGGAAGAUGUGGUUAUUAAGUCCUCCAAGUCUGAGCAGGAUCCCUUGGACACAGAGAACAUCCAUCUCUCUGCAAAGGCUGAGGGAGAGAGUGAAGAAGAGGCCAGCUUUCUGGACUCCCAAACAGGUGAGGAAGAUGACAAUCAGAAUUCUAUGGAGCCAACAGUGAAUUCAUUGGGAAGAACAAAGAAACAGUUUAAAUGCAGGGAAUGUGGGGUGUGCUUUAAUCACAAUGGAAGACUUAGGAUUCACCAACGAACUCACACAGGGGAGAAACCAUUUAAAUGUAUUGAAUGUGGAAAGAGCUUCAGUGGAAGUGGAAAACUUAAAGUACAUCAACGAACUCACACGGGGGAGAAACCUUUUAAAUGUAUGGAGUGUGGUAAGAGCUUCAGUGUAAGUGGAGCACUUAGAAUACAUCAACGAUCUCACACGGGGGAGAAACCAUUUGAAUGUAUGGAUUGUGGAAAGAGAUUCAGUAAAAACGAAACUCUUAUACUACAUCAACGAACUCACACAGGGGAGAAACCAUUUAAAUGUAUGGAGUGUGGAAAGGGAUUCAGUGGGCGUGGUUACCUUAGAAUACAUCAACGAACUCACACAGGGGAGAAACCAUUUAAAUGUAUGGAGUGUGGAAAGGGAUUCAGUGGAAGUGGUUACCUUAGAAUACAUCAACGAACUCACACAGGGGAGAAACCAUUUGAAUGUAUGCAGUGUGGUAAGAGCUUCAGUAAAAGUGGAGCACUUAGAAUACAUCAACGAACUCACACAGGGGAGAAACCUUUUAAAUGUAUUGAUUGUGGAAAGAGAUUCAGUAAAAAUGAAACUCUUAUAAUACAUAAACGAACCCACACAGGGGAGAAACCAUUUAAAUGUAUGGAAUGUGGAAAGAGCUUCAAUGAAAGUAGAGUACUUAGAAUACAUCAACGAACUCACACAGGGGAGAAACCAUUUAAAUGUAUGGAAUGUGGAAAGAGCUUCAAUGAAAGUGGAGUACUUAGAAUACAUCAACGAACGCACACAGGGGAGAAACCAUUUGAAUGUAUGCAGUGUGGAAAGAGCUUCAGUGAAAGUGGAGCACUUAGAAGACAUCAACGAACUCACACAGGGGAGAAACCAUUUAAAUGCAUUGAAUGUGGAAAGAGCUUCAUUGAAAGUGGAGCACUUAGAAGACAUCAACAAACUCACACAGGGGAGAAACCAUUUAAAUGUAUUGAAUGUGGAAAGGGCUUCAGUGAUAGUGGAAAACUUAGAAGACAUCAACGAAUUCACACAUGGGAGAAACCGUUUAAAUGUAUUGAAUGUGGAAAGAGCUUCCGUCAAAAUGGAGUACUUAGAAGACAUCAACAAAUUCACACAGGGGAGAAACCAUUUGAAUGUUUUGAAUGUGGAAACAGCUUCAGUCAAAGUGGAUCACUUAGAAUACAUCAACGAACUCACACGGGGGAGAAACCAUUUGAAUGUUUUGAAUGUGGAAAGCGCUUCAGUAGAAGUGGAGCACGUAGAAUACAUCAACGAUCUCACACAGGGGAGAAACCCUAUGAAUGUAUACAGUGUGGAAGGAGCUUCAGUGAUAGUGGAACACUUAGAAUACAUCAACGAACUCACACGGGGGAGAAACCUUUUAAAUGUAUUGAUUGUGGAAAGAGCUUCAGUGACAGUGGAGCACUUAGAAUACAUAAACGAAUUCACACGGGGGAGAAACCAUUUAAAUGUAUGGAAUGUGGUAAGAGCUUCUGUCAAAGUGGAGCACUUAGAAUACAUCAACGAUCUCAUACGGGGGAGAAACCAUUUGAAUGUAUGCAGUGUGGAAAGGGCUUCAGUGAGAUUGGAACACUUAGAAAACAUCAACGAACUCACACGGGGGAGAAACCAUUUGAAUGUAUGCAGUGUGGAAAGGGCUUCAGUGAGAUUGGAGCACUUAGAAAACAUCAACGAACUCACACGGGGAAACCGUUUAAAUGUAUUGAAUGUGGAAAGAGCUUCAGUCAAAAUGGAUACCUUAGAAAACAUCAGCUAACACACAUUAUGAAAACUACAGGUGUAUUGAAUGUGGAAUGGGCUUCAGAGGGAGAUCUUAAUAACCUCCAGGAUCAGAAGCAGCGGGCUGCAAAUACGAGGGCAGGGGAGGCAGCAGGGAGAUCUCGCUGCAUGCACGAUGCCUUCGCCUUGCAAGGGGGCGCAUCCAGCCUUGCAGCCUCCCAGGGCCCAACCCACAGCCAGCGAGCUCCGAUGCUCAGAGAGGCAGGAAACGGGGCCAGCCAGGGGGACUCGAGAGCGGCUGCACUUUCCUGUCCCCCCGCCGAGGAGAGCGGAGGAGCAGCGGCCAGUGGCCUGGCGAGUUUCCCCGGAGAGGAGCCGGAUUCUGGUGCAGGGACGGAGCGAGGGGUCAGAGUUGAGACCUUCAGGGAUCUUCUGCCUCAGGAAGAUUUACGUCAGAUUAAGCAGGAGCCAGAGGAGGAGGAGCUGCAGCAGCACUGGGAUGCCCAGUGGCAGGAUUGCCUGAAGACGAUGCACCCCCCUCGUUCAAACUGGGAAACCCCACAAGCUCCCAGUCCUCCCCACUCUGGGGAUGGUGUCCUCCUGGCCUCAUUCAGGGGAGCUGCGGAUACCAGCCAGUGGCCCAGUGGGAGAGCAGGGGGGACAGACCAGACCCUGCUCCCAGACACUGAGGGGCUUCUAGGAAAGGAAUUGUUACCUGUGGAAGAUGUGGUUAUUAAGUCCUCCAAGUCUGAGCAGGAUCCCUUGGACACAGAGAACAUCCAUCUCUCUGCAAAGGCUGAGGGAGAGAGUGAAGAAGAGGCCAGCUUUCUGGACUCCCAAACAGGUGAGGAAGAUGACAAUCAGAAUUCUAUGGAGCCAACAGUGAAUUCAUUGGGAAGAACAAAGAAACAGUUUAAAUGCAGGGAAUGUGGGGUGUGCUUUAAUCACAAUGGAAGACUUAGGAUUCACCAACGAACUCACACAGGGGAGAAACCUUUUAAAUGUAUGGAGUGUGGUAAGAGAUUCAGUAAAAAUGAAACUCUUAUACUACAUCAACGAACUCACACAGGGGAGAAACCAUUUAAAUGUAUGGAGUGUGGAAAGGGAUUCAGUGGACGUGGUUACCUUAGAAUACAUCAACGAACUCACACAGGGGAGAAACCAUUUAAAUGUAUGGAGUGUGGAAAGGGAUUCAGUGGAAGUGGUUACCUUAGAAUACAUCAACGAACUCACACAGGGGAGAAACCAUUUGAAUGUAUGCAGUGUGGUAAGAGCUUCAGUAAAAGUGGAACACUUAGAAUGCAUCAACGAACUCACACGGGGGAGAAACCUUUUAAAUGUAUUGAUUGUGGAAAGAGCUUCAGUGACAGUGGAGCACUUAGAAUACAUAAACGAAUUCACACGGGGGAGAAACCAUUUAAAUGUAUGGAAUGUGGAAAGAGCUUCAAUGAAAGUAGAGUACUUAGAAUACAUCAACAAACUCACACAGGGGAGAAACCAUUUAAAUGUAUGGAGUGUGGAAAGGGAUUCAGUGGAAGUGGUUACCUUAGAAUACAUCAACGAACGCACACAGGGGAGAAACCAUUUGAAUGUAUGCAGUGUGGAAACAGCUUCAGUCAAAGUGGAGCACUUAGAAGACAUCAACGAACUCACACAGGGGAGAAACCAUUUAAAUGCAUUGAAUGUGGAAAGAGCUUCAUUGAAAGUGGAGCACUUAGAAGACAUCAACAAACUCACACAGGGGAGAAACCAUUUAAAUGUAUUGAAUGUGGAAAGGGCUUCAGUGAUAGUGGAAAACUUAGAACACAUCAACGAAUUCACACACAGGAGAAACCGUUUAAAUGUAUUGAAUGUGGAAAUAGCUUCAGUAGAAGUGGAGCACUUAGAAUACAUCAACGAACUCACACAGGGGAGAAACCAUUUGAAUGUUUUGAAUGUGGAAAGAGCUUCAGUAGAAGUGGAUCACUUAGAAUACAUCAACGAACUCACACGGGGGAGAAACCAUUUAAAUGUAUGGAGUGUUGUAAGAGCUUCCGUCAAAGUGGAGCACUUAGAAGACAUCAACGAUCUCACACAGGGGAGAAACCAUAUGAAUGUAUACAGUGUGGAAAGAACUUCAGUGAUAGUGGAACACUUAGAAUACAUCAACGAACUCACACGGGUGAGAAACCUUUUAAAUGUAUUGAAUGUGGAAAGGGCUUCAGUGACAGUGGAGCACUUAGAAUACAUCAACGAACUCACUCGGGGGAGAAACCAUUUAAAUGUAUGGAGUGCGGUAAGAGCUUCAGUGUAAGUGGAGCACUUAGAAUACAUCAACGAUCUCACACGGGGGAGAAACCAUUUGAAUGUAUGCAGUGUGGAAAGUGCUUCAGUGAGAUUGGAACACUUAGAAAACAUGAACGAACUCACACGGGGGAGAAACCAUUUGAAUGUAUGCAGUGUGGAAAGGGCUUCAGUGAGAUUGGAACACUUAGAAAACAUGAACGAACUCACACGGGGGAGAAACCAUUUAAAUGUAUGGAGUGUGGAAAAAGCUUCAGUCAUAGUGGAGAACUGAGGAUACACCAACGAACUCACACAGGGGAGAAACCAUUUAAAUGUACUGAAUGUGGAAAGAGCUUCAGUAAAAGUGGAGCACUUAGAAUACAUCAAGAAACUCACACGGGGCCGAAACCAUUUGAAUGUAUUGAAUGUGGAAAGAGCUUUAGUCAUAGUGGAGCACUUAGAGUACAUCAAGGAACUCACACAGGGGAGAAACCAUUUAAAUGUAUUGAAUGUGGAAAGAGCUUUAUUGACAGUGGAAAACUUAGAAUACAUCAACGAACGCACACACGGGAGAAUCCAUUUAAAUGUAUUGAAUGUGGAAAGAGCUUCAGUGAAAGUGGAGCACUUAGAAGACAUCAACGAACUCACACAGCGGAGAAACCAUUUAAAUGUAUUGAAUGUGGAAAGAGCUUUAUUGACAGUGGAAAACUUAGAAUACAUCAACGAACGCACACACGGGAGAAUCCAUUUAAAUGUGUUGAAUGUGGAAAGAGCUUCAGUCAAUAUGGACACCUUAGAAGACACCAACGAACUCACACAGGGGAGAAACCAUUUAAAUGUAUUGAAUGUGGAAAGAGCUUCAGUCAAUAUGGACACCUUAGAAGACACCAACGAACUCACACAGGGGAGAAACCAUUUAAAUGUAUUGAAUGUGGAAAGAGCUUCAGUGAAAGUGGAGCACUUAGAAGACAUCAACGAACUCACACAGCGGAGAAACCAUUUAAAUGUAUUGAAUGUGGAAAGAACUUUAGUCGAAGUGGAGACCUUAGAAUACAUCAACGAACUCACAUGGGGGAGAAACCAUUUCAAUGUUUGGAAUGUGGAAAGAGCUUCAGUGAAAGUGGAACUCUUAUAAUACAUCAGCGAACUCACACAGGGGAGAAACCAUUUAAAUGUAUUGAAUGUGGAAAGAGCUUCAGUGAAAGUAGAGCACUUGGAAUACAUCAAAGAACUCAUACAGGGGAGAAACCAUUUAAAUGUAUUGAAUGUGGAAAGAGCUUCAUUGACAGUGGAAAACUUAGAAUACAUCAUCGAACUCACACGGGGGAGAAACCGUUUGAAUGUAUGCAGUGUGGAAAGAGGUUCAGGAAAAGUGGAACACUUAGAAUACAUCAACGAACACACACAGGGGAGAAACCAUUUAAAUGUAUUCAAUGUGGUAAGAGCUUCAGUGAAAGUGGAGCACUUAGAAGACAUCAACAAACUCACACGGGGGAGAAACCAUUUAAAUGUAUUGAAUGUGGGAAGAGCUUCCGUGAAAGUGGAGUACUUAUAAUACAUCAACGAACUCACACAGGGGAGAAACCAUUUAAAUGUAUUGAAUGUGGAAUGAGCUUCAGUAGUAAUGAAUCACUUAGAAUACAUCAACGAACACACACAGGGGAGAAACCAUUUAAAUGUAUUGAAUGUGGAAAGAGCUUUAGUCAAAGCGGGGACCUUAGAAUACAUCAGCGAACUCACACAGGGGAGAAACCAUUUAAAUGUAUGGAAUGUGGAAAGAGCUUCAGUCAAUAUGGACACCUUAGAAAACAUCAACGAACUCACACAGGGGAGAAACCAUUUAAAUGCAUUGACUGUGGAAAGAGCUUCAGUGAAAGUGGAGCACUUAGAAUGCAUCAACGAACUCACACGGGAGAGAAACCAUUUGAAUGUAUUGAAUGUGGAAAGAGCUUCAGUAAUAAUGAAGCACUCAGAAUACAUCAACGAACUCACACAGGGGAGAAACCAUUCAAAUGUAUGCAGUGUGGAAAGAGCUUCAAUGAAAGUAGAUCACUUAGAAUACAUCAACGAAAUCACACGGGAGAGAAACCAUUUGAAUGCAUGCAGUGUGGAAAGAGCUUCAAUGAAAGUAGAGCACUUAGAAUACAUCAACGAACUCACACAGGAGAGAAACCAUUUGAAUGUAUGCAGUGUGGAAAAAGCUUCAAUGAAAGUAGAACACUUAGAAUACAUCAACGAAAUCACACGGGAGAGAAACCAUUUGAAUGUAUGCAGUGUGGAAAGAGCUUCAUUAAUAGUGGAACACUUAGAAUGCAUCAACGAAUUCACACAGGCGAGAAACCAUUUAAAUGUAUUGAAUGUGGUAAGAGCUUCAGUGAAAAUGGAGGACUUAGAAGACAUCAACGAAUUCACACAGGAGAGAAACCAUUUGAAUGUAUUGAAUGUGGUAAGAGCUUCACACUUAGAAUACAUCAACGAACUCACACCGGGGAGAAACCAUUUAAAUGUAUUGAAUGUGGAAAGAGCUUCAUUGACAGUGGAAAACUUAGAAUACAUCAACGAAAUCACACAGGAGAGAAACCAUAUGAAUGCAUGGAAUGUGGACAGAGCUUCAGUCAAAGUGGAACACUUAGAACACACCAACGAACUCACAUGGGGGAGAAACCAUUUAAAUGUAUUGAAUGUGGAAAGAGCUUCAGCACAGAUAGGACCAAGCAGAAAAUGGUGGACAGGAAUGGGACGUUAACAGAGAGUGGCAGCGAGAAACUAAUGCUGGGCAGAAGACAGGAGAGGGCGCCUGUGCGAGCCAAUCAGUGGGACGGAUAA